AUGCUCCACCAGAUCCUCAGCCAGUCCAAGAAGCAUCCAAGCUUGAUCCCCCUCUUUGUGUUUAUUGGAGCCGGAGGUGCUAGGGUGGUGGUGUAUGUUACACGGCCGGUAUCGUUCAGUCCAGAUGUUUCUUGGGACAGAAAGAACCCAGAACUCUGGAGCAAACUGGGUCUCAAUGAGCAAUACAAGUUCUACUCAGUGAAUGUAGAUGACAGCAAACUGAAGAAAGGAGGUCCAGAGUUCUAA